AUGCUUGCUAUAUUAUGCUUUAUAUCGCUAUUUGCUUGCGUUAAGGCAUCUGAUGAUGACUGGGAUGAUUUCACGAAUAAUCUUGCUACGGACUUGGCCCCUUUGAUCGUCUUAUUCGGCGAACGACUUACAAAACAAUUCCUCUCCGAGUCCAUCAGUAUCCUCGACAACGUCAUCUUCGCCCUGUCACCGCUGGGAGUCUUGACUGCCGUAGUGUCCGUAAUCAGGAUCUGCGGAAGUUCUUCUCUUAGAGCAUUCGUCGGACGAGCACAAGAAGGCCCCGCCGAAGCCGAGAGCGAACUCCUUCCCUGCGUCUCGGAAUCCACUGCCGAACUAUUUAACGAUGGGGGCAUUACGCGAGUCUUUGGCCGGCCCAAGAUCGUGGAGAUUGUUGCCUGGGAGGAUGAAGAUCGUAAGACUGGAGAGAAGUUGACGAAGAUUGGGACCUUGAAAGAUGCGCUUGAUGAGAAUGCUUGGUCGUGCAAUGCGAAGGUCUCGCCGAGUGAAUUGCCUGAGCUGGAUAUACCGAACUUGUCGUUAAACAAGGGGAUCAAGCGGAGGGACCAGUUUUGGUUUCACUGUGCUGCAAUACUCGGUGGUGUGUUGCAGACUGGCACGAUUGUAUACGCUGCUCUGACGGUUUUUGUGUUUCCUGAUCAUUUCAAGAAAGACGGCAAAUCAGUCGCCUCGUACGCAUUCCCGUUCUAUUUUCUUGGGACAACGCUUUUGUUCAUUGGAAUGUUCUUCUGUGCGUUCAUCAUGGAGCGAUCCUCGAAGGAAUUCCGCCUCAAACCGGAGAAACCGAGCAAGAUAUACUGGCUGCAACCUGGUAACCAAGACGUCGGAGACCAAGUCUUCAAUGCCUUCCUGGCUGUCAAGGAAGGGCCUCAGGCUUCAAUGACUAAGAAACUUUGUUAUAUCAAAUCAGUCAGGGAUCGAAGGUUUGACAGGAAGUAUGUAGAGAUCUACUCUACUCUCGCUUCAACUAUACUGGGAUUCAUCUUCCAGUUCAUCGGCAUGAGAGGUCUUCACGCAUCUGUCAUCCUAGCCCAACUAGGAUCGACAUUUCUCAUGGCUGUUAUACGUACCUGCCUGCGCACCGAGAGAAUGGCGCCAGACGAAAACAAGAUCAGAGACGACAGGGAGCUUAUGUCUCACAAGCAACAAGAGAUGGACUGUUUUGCUUUCUAUCUCGAGAAAGUCGAGUCCUUUAAUCUUAUCCCGCUAUCUGACCCUCCAACAAACAUACCCUCACCAAGAUUCCAGCCCCAUGUUGGCUCUUCCUUAGCCAGAGAUGUGAUUCAGACUAGGACUCAGCUAGCGAGGCUCACCUCUAGUCCGAGACAUUAUUUGAGCGUCGAUUGGGAUAGUAUGCCUAUUCGCCAGAUGGCGCAUAACCUUGCAGACGCAAUUGAGUCUGCAUUGGACCUAGUAUCUAGUUGGGGAGUCGAUCUUGGGAAGACCUUUGAGUUUCGACUUGGAUUCAAGUGCCACGGCGCCUCCUCAGGCUCUGCGACUCAAUCUCCGGGGACAUAUUCCAUCGGUAUGAUGCGGUGUGGUGACGCUUUGCGCUGGAAAAUGGAUGCCAGCGAGCUGGAAGCGAUUUUAGGCUCGUGGACUUGGUCACUCUAUAAGUCGGACGAGAACUGGCGAAACUCGACGAUUUGUCGUCUCAUUGGAUUGAGUGCAGAUGAGGCGAGUAAAGAGGAAACAUUCCUCUACUUCCAUAAAUGGAUCUUCCGGCAGACGGAGGCGAGGCUAUUACCGUCCGAAGGAUAUGACGAUUCAUCACGCCUAUUCUCUUUCGAGCCUAAAGAUACAUCUUACUAUGGGAAGGUGCUGGGUGUCAGGACAGCGAAUGAGCUCGAGACUAUGGCUGCCCAGGAUAUUUAUGUCCAUUUUCUCAAGGAGGUGUUCAUCCACGUGAAUGUUCUGGGCGGAGAUGUCGAUGUUAUUCCUGCCCUACAGAAUUCAUUCUUGGCAUCAAGUACGCGGAUUAACCAUCUCGUAGGUUGCUUUGAGAAUAGCAACCUGGGCUCCAGGGAAGAUGCGUUGCUGUGCAUUGUCCCCGUCCUUAGAUAUCGACAUCUCUUGCCAGAUCUUGCGGCGGAUUCCCCUAAGGUCAGGGCACGGAGGGAGCAGUAUAUUAAGCAAGGAAAUUGGGAAGGCGCCUUUGCCCUUCUCCGUUGGAUAUGCCAGAGGUCAGACGGCUCCCAAUUUGAACGCUCGGUCCACGAAUUGGGCUACCUUUGCCGCCGGGCACUUCUAAGCGCGAAUAAACGUGUUCGCCAAGAAGGGUUCCAACAGACCUGCGCGCUCCUCACAUCAGAUAUCAGGGACGAGUUCUUUGCAACACAUCCCACUCUAGCACCCUCACACUGGCCCACCUCACAGGCCCGCGUCGAAUGGUGGAGUUCAUUCUCACGGCAGCUUGGGUGGGUUGCGUGGCAUAUUUCGACCAACGCUCCGGGGAUGGCGUAUUGUCAAAACAUUUUGAGAUCAUUCAACGUGUCCGACGAGUUACAAGAUCAGAACGAUCAGCACCAAGACUCAGAAGCAAUCCGAAAAGGCGUCGGGGCUUUGAAAGAUUGGCUCACGCUAUAUAAGAUCGAAGACAUUACUCGUGACGGAGACGGCGAGGACGAACAAACCGGCUUCGAAUGGAUAAUUAGGAACGACUAUCACGCAAUGCUGCAUUUCCUGUUAUUGAGAUGGGUUGAGCUCAGUGACGACCUCCCCAUCCUUGUACGGCUUGGAUACAGCCUUGCAGCAAGGUCCAGAUCUCACCGCGCACUUGAGAUACUCCGGCGACAGGAUGCAGACAUCGAUACAAUAGAUCCAGGCAAUCGCUCCGCGUUGAUCGACCUAGUCUACACUCGAGACCUCGAGGGAUGCCGAUUGCUCUUGCGAAACGGAGCCGAACCAAACGGCAACACGCAACGAUUCCCCGUCUGUCCAUUGGCCAUCGCUGCCCAUCAAGGCUAUGAUGAUAUUGUCAACCUGCUUCUACAGUUCGGAGCCAGCAUUGAGAUGCCAGACCAGGUGGGUCUCCGUGCCAUCUAUUGGGCAGCCCUCAAUAACCAUCUCGAUACUGUCCGUCUGUUACUAUCCCAUGGCGCGGAGAUUGAUCCAAUAGGGUCAGACAGGUCAACGCCGCUCCAUGCGGCUGUCAUCAAUGGACACGUUGAGAUGGCCGAACUGCUCCUACAGGAAGGGGCGAACGUCAAUGCGCGAGGUCAAAUGGGCUAG